AUGGCAAAUCAUUGUCUAGAGCCAAAUCAAAAUCAGGAUUUGGCGGCCGAACGCCGCUUAUGCCCUUUCAACACAUUGGAAAUGGCGGCUAAAUUGUAUGGUGGUGAACAGUUUGUGCAAGCGCGAAAACGAAUUCAGAAUUAUGUUGAAAGUGUACCAGAGCUGAAGGAAUGUUCUAGUGACUUUUCAUUUUUGACUCGUCUGGAAACGUUGGAACGGGUAGCUAGGAAUACAGUAGUCUUGCGGAAACAUGCCCCGAAAAUUUGCAAUAUGGACGAGCCUUAUGAGUACAACUACUUGAGAUCGUAGGUUUUUGGCUAUUUUUUGGUUUGUUUAUUGAAAAUUGGUUUGUGGGCUUACUAUAAGGUUGAACCAAAAGUAGCGGACACUUUUUUCAUUUAUUUUCAACUAAAAAGUGUCCCGCUAGUUUUGGUUCAAGCCAAUAUCAAAGUUAAAAAGUACUUAUAUAAGUGUAUAUAUCAUUGUACUAUAUGCACCUUUUAAGGUUAUUGUGCGGAGAUGACGGUUACCCAUAUGGACUUCACUUUUCAAUGGUCAUACCUAUGUUAAGAGGUAAUUGUUCAGAAGAACAAGCCAAUAUCUGGAUUCCAAAGGCCUUGAACGGCGAAUUUAUUGGCACUUAUGCUCAAACUGAAAUGGCUCAUGGUACCAAUUUGAAGAAACUUGAAACUACUGCAACAUACGAUCCACAAACCCGAGAAUUCGUGUUAAAUUCACCUACAAUCAGUUCGGCCAAAUGGAUUCCGGGCAAUUUGGGAAAAUCGGCCAACUUUAUCGUAGUAAUGGCACAGUUGUACACUCUGGGCAAAUGCUAUGGUCCACAUGCUUUUAUGGUACAGAUCAGAGACCCGACCACUCACAUGCCAAUGCCUGGAGUUGAAGUUGGAGAUAUUGGACCGAAAAUAGGGAUCAAUUCGAAUGACAACGGCUAUUUACGAUUACAUAACAUCAGAGUACCGCGGUUGAACAUGUUGAUGGGACAUUCCAAAGUCUCGUUGGAAGGAAAGUUUUCGGCUCCAGUACACUCAAAGCUGGCAUAUACGUCGAUGAUGUAUGUGCGAUCUAUGAUGGUAGGAUUGAUGGGCUUGGGCUUGGCUCAAGCUGCUACAAUUGCUACAAGAUACGGAUGUGUUAGAAGACAAGGAGAAAUUUUGGAAGGGUAUGUGACUGUUUUUGAAAUAAAGAAGGGGGGGGGGUAAUUUUUUUAUUUAUUUAAUUAAGGGGGUAAAUAACCUCUAUUAAUUAAGCGAUGGUAAUAUAAAAUUUUUAAGGAUUAGUACCAUAAAAUAAUAUUUUUAGCCAAGGAGAAGUGAAGAUUUUGGAUUACCAAACACAUCAAUAUCGUAUCUUGCCACAGAUUGCCAGAGCGUAUGCUUUCAUCUUUGCCGGGCAUUACUCUAGAGAUCUUUACUUUAGAGUUAUGGAAGAUAUCAAAAAAAAAAAUGUAAGUUAAGCAAGUUUGGAAGCUUCUUAUGUUUAGAUAUGAGUUUUUGCAAAGUUUUGAUAUUUUCGAAAUUUUUAAUAUUAAAAAAAAUUGAAAAUUUUAAUAAAUUUUUUAAUUUUAGACCUCAUUAAUGGCUGACUUACAUGCCCUUAACUCCGGUUUAAAGUCUGUCGUGUCGUGGGAGGCUUCUCAAGGUGUAGAGCAGUGUCGUCUUGGCUGUGGUGGACAUGGUUAUACAUGCGCUAGUGCUCUACCACAAAUCUACGGCCUUGUGGUCGGUGGAUGCACUUACGAAGGUGAAAAUUUGGUCAUGUUGCUGCAGUUGGCAAGGUAAAAUAUAUUAUUUUAUACGAUUUUUAAGAUGAAUCAGAGAAAAUCGUUUAUUUAAAAAACUGGAAUUUGUCAUAAAGUUUGUUAAUCUCAUUGUUUUAGAUACCUAAUGAAGUUAGCCCCACAAAUGGUAGCAGGUCGUCCAACCAGCAAAGUCAGUGAAAUUGCCGAGUACCUAUUUGACAAAAAGUCUAACAAGUCAAGUUUGAACAAGAGCCAAAACCGUGAACAACAAUGGCAGUCAGUUCAAGAUGGAUUCGAACAUGUAGCUCGUCGUCUCACGCUGCAAGCCUAUCACAAGUUGACGUCAUUCCAGAAGAAAGGAUACCCACAAGAAGUGGCUAGAUCUAAGGUUGGCUUGGACUUGUCUCGUGCUUCGAAAGCUCAUUCACGAACAUUCUUGACCAGAAACUUCAUCAACACCGUGAAAAAAGAGGAUUCAUGGGCUAUCAAGGAAGUAUUGAGUGAUUUAUUGCACUUGUACCUUCACUAUGAAAUGCAGGAUUGUCGUGCUGACCUUUUCGAGGAUGGAUACUUGAGGUGAGGAAAAGGUUUAUAGGUUUUUUAUAAAAAUUUUGGUUUGUUUUUAUCUAAAUUCUUUAAAAUUUGAAAAUUUUGUUAACAAUAUCAACCUAAUAAGUUAAAAACGACAACUUUUAGUCACGAACAAGCUGAAAUCUCUCGUGACGAACUGAACAAAGCACUAGAAGCAGUACGGAAAAACGCCGUAAACUUGAUGGAUUCUUUUGACUUCCAAGACCGUGAACUGAACUCUCAACUCGGCCGAAAAGAUGGCCAAGUUUAUGAAAACUUAUGGAAAUGGGCUCAAAAUUCGGAAAUCAAUAAACAUCAGGUACUGCCAUUCCAUCAUGAGACUAUUGGCAAAUUGAUGAAGGAGCAACAACUUCAGAGCAAACUUUAA